AUGGCGACAGAUGCGCGAGUGGCAAUCAUCGGUGCUGGUGUCGGCGGCCUGGUCACUGCCUUACAGCUCCACGCACAUGGGUUUAAGAACAUCGAGAUCUUUGAAGCAGCCAAUCAGCUGACAUCGUUGGGGGUUGGCAUCAAUGUGCAGCCACACGCCAUUCUAGUGCUUCGAGAUUUGGGCUUAUUGCCAGCACUCGAAAGCACCGGCAUAAAGACACAGGAGCUCAAUUAUUAUGACCGUUUCGGUAAUCCGAUCAUCAGCGAACCAAGAGGCGAAUAUGCUGGCUACAACGUCCCCCAAUUCAGUAUACAUCGUGGUCAUCUACAGAUGCUGCUGUUGGAAGCUGUGAAGGAACGUCUAGGCAAGGACAGUGUCCACCUCAACCACGCUUUGAAUAGCUUCGACGAUCAGAAAAAUACGAGUGAGAGAGUCAGAUUACAUUUCGUCCAGCGGAAGACGAACAUUUCAGCGUCGACACCGGAGGUGGAAGCUGACCUUGUGGUGGCCGCUGAUGGAAUUAACUCGACGGUCCGACGUAUCCUGUACCCGGAAGAAGGGCCGCCACAUUUCUCAGGUCGCAUACUCUGGCGAGGAUGUCUAGAACGUGAGCCUUAUCUUACUGGUGGUAGCAUGAUCUGGUCUGGCCAUGCGAAUCAGAAAUUCAUCGCCUACCCUAUAUCGAAGCGCGCACAGCUAUCAAGUCCUCCCAAGUCCUUGGUCAACUGGAUCGCAGAGCUGAGAAUAAGGGACGAGAAUGAUCCUGACACAACACCACCAGAGAAGACUGACUGGACAAUGUCUGUGCCUAAAGAGCGGUUCGCGGGCGCCUUCAAGGACUGGACCUUUGGCUUUCUUAAUGUCCCUGACCUUAUCGAGAAGACUGACAUGGUCUAUGAAUACCCAAUGUGCGAUCGCGACCCAGUAGCACAAUGGAGUUUCGGACGAUUGACCCUCCUCGGCGACGCUGCACACCCGAUGUAUCCCAUCGGUAGCAACGGCGCAUCCCAAGCUAUUCUCGACGCUGCCUCUCUUACAAAAUGCCUCCUUACCUGUACUAGCCUCGCAGAUAUACCUGGCGCCUUGCAUCAAUAUCAAAACGACCGACUACCUGUCACAGCCAAGAUCGUCAUGGCCAAUCGUGGCAACGGACCCGAUCACGUCAUGCAACUUGCUUAUGAGAGAGCACCAGAUGGGUUCAAGCACAUCGACGAUAUCAUUCCGCAGCAGGAGCUGGAGAGUAUUGGUUUAGCGUAUAAAGCGAUUGCAGGAUUUGAGGUCGAGAAGGUGAAUGAUUUGGCGAAGAGGUCAGAAGGGACUGCAGAGAAGUUGGAGUUGAAAUCGCCACAGGCUUGGACAUUGAAUACAGAUGGAGUGAAUGGGUCUCAUUAA